AUGGCGGCCGUUCCAUUAUUAAAAGAAGAACCUCUGGGAGCCGGAGAAGAGUACGAUGAGGUUGAGUCGUCAAGCGACGAACGGCAGGAGCGAAAACGUGGCCUGCGUGGGAACACCAUCGGGUGGUUGAUCUUUCUGGCAUGUCUGCUGGGUUUGACGUUAGGAAUUGCAGCUGGUGUCGCGACCUUACUCGUCUGGAGUUGGCGGCCUGAAUCGAAAUCAUGCUUCCAGCAGUCGUCAAUGCCCUCCCCUGUAGAGCGAGAUGUCCCUAUCGAGUAUCACWCCCAGCAGUUCAACGGGUCCUUGAUGAUGGAGAACGUCUAUCGCCGGCCGGGAAGUCCAGAGGUCGAUGCGGCGUGGGAAGCUCUCGGAGUGAAUUAUCGACCUUUGAGCGUGCCCUUGGAAGUCGGUCUCAAAACAGGAUUGGCAGCGGAUCAGGUGAAGGUCAAUAGCAAAUAUGGUGGCGGAUUUCCCGCGAAUGUCGAAGGGCUUCAUCAGCUACAUUGCGCGAAUCUGGUAAGGAAAGCGCUGUACUACAACAUCGAUUACUAUCGUGCGCAAGGAGAGGGCGCCUUUACGAACAACGAAUACAUAGUGCAAAAGCACGUCUCGCAUUGCCUCGACAUCAUACGGCAGCAGCUCAUGUGCACCAUCGAUGUCGGAGUCCUCGGGCAAGUGUGGUUCCAGCCUGAUGCAGACGAGUUGCCUUCAGCUUUUGUGGACUUCAACACGAAGCACACGUGUAGAAACUUCGAAGCAGUCCGCGAAUGGGCCGAGGAACGCCAAAUGCCGGAUGAUGUGCCAGAUGAUUGGCUGGAGCCACCCAAGCCAGGAGACCGCAUUUGGGACACUGUGCCUUAG